UACCACAAAUCCGUAGCUGCGAAUUCCGAGAAUUUGAGCCAUCGACCAUGGAUCCUAUCAAGCAGGAAGAGCCCCAGCCGGCCGAUGCCGCGGAAACAAAGACGACGACUGCAUCAACGACUACGACAACGACGAGGACGAGGACGAGGACGACGAGGACGACGAAAAUGGAGACGGGAAAGACCCAAGCUCCGGCCCCCUCCCCCCGCCGCUCCKGCCGGGAGCGCGUUUCCACCACAAUGACGAUCCAGGGCCACACCGUGCUGCGGAGAAACAACUACCGGGUCCAGGGAAUGACCUACGUCUACGACGACCACCAGGAGGACGUCCCGAGGCACAACAACAAGCCAUCGAAGGCCCGUUCUCCGGCGCAGAAGGCGGCCUACGUGGAGCCGCCCCACGAGACCCUGCGCAAAAGACACAACGAGGCCGUCGAAGAAMGGGUCAGGGGGGCGGAGGGCCUCCGACGGGMCUUUCUUUCCGACCGCCUGGAGCUCCUCCGGCCCUUUUGUGAGCCCGCGGUCCUGGAACGCCUGGAGAAAUGGGGGGCCGAGCGGAAGGAGGGGAGCGAGCCGAAGCCACAACCACAACCACAACCACAACCACAGGCGUGCGUUUCCCAGCCAAAGAUGAUCGAGAAGGCGAUCCUGCGGCCCUACCAGCUCCGGGGCCUAGAGUUUAUGGCCCGGAUGGACCAGCAAAACCUCGGGAUAAUUCUCGGGGACGAAAUGGGACUGGUGCGUAUCUCCAAAGCUGCCCCGGGGGCGAUGGAACGGUUUGCCUUGCCGGGCCAUGGUGUGCUUUCGAGUGUGCGGGUUCCUUUCGAGACAGCGAUCCACGAUGGAAUCCCAUGGCAUGCGAAACCAUUUUUUUUUUUUCGAUCGAAAUCUGCCGAAGCUCACACCAGCGUUUUUCUUUUGCUGUUGCUCUCGCGCGACUUGUUUCGUUUUCCACCGGACAGGGGAAAACACUCCAGACGAUUUCCCUCAUCUGCCACCUCAAGGAAACCGCGGGCGUCACCGGUCCCUCGCUGAUCCUCUGCCCCCUGUCGGUGUAUUCCAGCUGGUGCAACGAGAUGAAAAAAUGGGCCCCCUCCCUCCGGUUUCUGCCGCUGCACGCCAACACCGAGAAAGAGCAGGUCCGGCAGAGAAAGCUCCUCGCCGAGCACGYAACCGAGUAUGACGUCGUGCUCACCACUUACGACAUGGCCAAGGUCCCAAACCUGUCCUACUUUUUCCAGAGGACCAAGUUCCACUACCUCGUGCUGGACGAGGGCCACAAGAUCAAGGGGCACGACACGAUCGUUGCCAAAAAGGUCCGCAAGAUCCACGCCGGGAACCGGCUGCUGCUGACGGGGACCCCCCUCCAGAACAACCUCUUUGAGCUGUGGUCCCUCCUCAACUUUUUGUACCCCGACGUUUUCACCGAUUCGGAACUCUUUGCCAGCCACUUUGACCUGAGCGAAAACGUUGUCGACAAGGCCUUUCUCGCCAAGACGCAGAAACUCCUGGAGGUAUUUAUGCUCCGGCGGCUYAAGAACGAGGUCGAGAAACUCAUACCGGAAAAACUCGAGACCAAGGUCUACUGCCCCCUCAGCAAGUCGCAGACCUACUGGUACAAGGCCCUGCUCAUGAAGGACGUUGGCACCCUGGCACGGAUGGACGUCAGGGACGGCUCCCGACCCGGUGGCAACCUGGCGGUCGUCCGGAACCUCUUUAUGCAGCUCCGYAAGUGCAGCAACCAUCCCUUUUUGUUCGACGGGGCCGAGGUGGACCCCAACCUCACCUCCCUGGAAGACCUAGUGGGCGCCUCGKGGAAGCUGGCCGUCCUGGACAUGCUCCUACGCUCCCUCUUCCAGAAGGGACACCGGGCCGUUCUGUUUACGCAGUUCACGAGCAUCCUCRACCUCAUCCAGGACUACUGCUCCCUGAGGGGAUGGAAGUACUGCUCCCUCGACGGGAGCACCCCGCGGGCCAGGCGAAACUACCUCCUGAAUCGGUUCAACGAGCCAAACAGCCCCUACUUUUUGUUCCUCAUGUCCACCCGCUCGGGGGGCAUGGGACUCAACCUGCAAACGGCCGACACGUGCAUCCUUUUCGACUCGGACUGGAACCCCCAGUCGGACAUCCAGGCCAUGGCGAGGGUCCACCGGAUCGGCCAGAAAAACAAGGUCCACAUCUACCGCCUGGUGACCGCYGGGACGGUCGAGGAGCGAAUGCUCGAGCGGGCCGAGAAGAAGCUCCUCCUGGAACUGGUCAACAAGGAAACCAAGCACCACGAGAAAGAGGACGGCCAGGAAGCCACCGCUAACGGGGCACAAGAGAUGGCCAUCCGCGGAAUGUCGGCGGGGGAAUUGCUCGAGGACAUCAAGUUUGGUUGCGAGGCCAUCUUUGGGGCUUCUUCCAACAACGCGCUGCCCACCGAGGAAGAGAUCGCCUCUAUCACGGACCGGGCCCGCAAGGAAUCGGACUCGGUGGGAAAGCUCACGGGYGGGACCUCYAAAUCGGCCAGGAACUUUGACGCCCAGAAGGAAUUCUCCGACGGCCAGUUCUUUGGCGGGGCUGACUUUCGGGAGAUCCGCAGGAAGCAGCAGGCGAAAGAAAUUGCCAGCAUMCCCAAGAACAUGUCGGGGAUUGCCCAUCUCUGGAGCGAGAUCAAGUCGAUCGAAAACAAGAAGCGCAAGCGCACCUCGCGGCUCUUGCAGAUCGAGGGCAAGGGAACGGGGUACGGAAAGUCCUUUAUCCCCGUCCUGGCUGCCAACAACUACGAUUAUGGCGGGGAAUCCUCGGUCUUUGAUCGGGAGCUGCGGGCGGACCAAAAGUGCAGGUUUGUGGUCCCAAAGAAGAAGAAGGGGGCCCCGCCCUUUGAUAGCGAAGACUACUGUCUCAUGUGCGGCGACGGGGGGAGUCUGGUCUGCUGUAGAAUGUGCCCCAACGUGGUACACGUCGGGUGUGCCGGCUUGACGAGCGCCAGCGGCGAUUAUACCUGCAGCCACCACCUCUGUGYGGUUUGCGGCAAGCGCCGCAGCGACGCCGGGGGACUCCUCUUUCCGUGCCAUGCCUGUCCCAACGCCUACUGYGAGGACCACCUCCCCGAACGGGGGGUGACCUUUCUGGAYAAGGGCGUCGAGCGCUACGAAAAACUGGGCUUUGAWUCCACCAAGCACAACGUCUACAUCAACUGCAGCGCCCGCUGYGAGUUGUACGCGAUCCACGAACUCGGAUACAAGCCACCCAACCCCGGGUCGACGAGCGGCWCCUGCCCGGGACCGAUGGACCUCUCCGGUCACUUUGGAACUGCCUACGACCUCACCGAGGCAGCGWCCGAGGUGGAAACCGCCAGGACAGCCGAGUUUGGACGCGGGAAGCGUCGGAAGGGAACCCGGCCGGAUUACAACCUCGGGAAGAAGAAACCGGAAYCCGGCACCGGAACGGCCACGCCCACGGGCCAUUCGUUGCCCCCGGUGGUGCCUUCCACCGCCGGUGUCACCCCUGCAGCUGCCACCCCCUCUGCGUCCCGCCUCGGGAAGAUAUUUCCGGGUUUGUCCGAUGCGGAUGCGAUCGCAACUCCCGCAACGGUUGCUUCGUCCUGUUCCGAUUCGUCGUCUCUCGGCACCAGCGACUCGCAUCCACUACUCCCAAACAAAACUAAUUCCUCGCUUGGCGCUGCCACCCCCCGGUUUGUUUAGCAGUAAUUGCCUCAUAAYAGAAGGAGAUGAUGGAGAAAGCUAUGUCCUGGAAAAGAGCUAUAGGCGUAUAAAUACUCCAKAAUWCA